GGCGGACUGUGUGCGGGAGGUAGCCACGUUGACACAGAGGCGGUGAUUUUUAUUCAGCGAGCGUUUUAAAUAAUAAAAAAAAGACAGAUUUUAUAAAAAGCAGUGAAGAGUUUGCUGUAAAAGACUAAGAGGUGUAAAGGUCUGCCAGAGUAAACAGGAUGAGUGUAGGCUUCAUUGGAGCGGGUCAGCUGGCCCAUGCCUUGGUAAAGGGCUUCACUGCGGCAGGUGUAAUUGCAGCUCACCGGAUCACGGCCAGUUCUCCAGAUACAGAUCUGCCGACAGUGGCCGGGCUCAGGAAAAUGGGCGUGACCUUAACAACCAGCAACAAGGAAGCAGCGCAUAAAAGUGACGUCCUCUUUUUGGCCGUCAAGCCUCAUAUUAUUCCUUUUGUUCUGGAUGAAAUCGGACCUGAUAUUGAAGACCGGCAUCUCAUCGUGUCCUGUGCUGCUGGGGUCACCAUUAGUUCCAUUGAGAAAAAACUGCUCCAGUACCGCACUGACCCUAAGGUGAUCCGCUGCAUGACCAACACCCCAGUGGUGGUGCGCGAGGGGGCCACUGUGUACGCCACCGGCACGCACGCCGAGGUUGAGGACGGGAAGCUCCUUGAGCAGCUCAUGGCCAGUGUGGGCUUCUGCACAGAGGUGGAGGAGGAUCUGAUUGACGCCGUUACAGGACUCAGCGGCAGCGGGCCAGCUUACGCUUUCACGGCUCUCGAUGCUCUGGCUGAUGGUGGUGUGAAGAUGGGGCUGCCCAGGAGGCUGGCCAUGAGACUGGGAGCGCAGGCACUGCUUGGCGCUGCUAAAAUGCUGCUAGAUUCAGAGCAGCACCCAGGCCAGUUGAAAGACAACGUUUGCUCACCAGGGGGCGCCACCAUCCACGCCCUGCACUUUCUGGAGAGUGGUGGCUUCCGGAGCCUUCUCAUCAAUGCCGUCGAGGCUUCAUGUAUAAGGACCAAGGAACUGCAGUUUCUUGCUGAUCAGGAGAAAAUCUCCCCCGCUGCUAUUAAGAAGACUACGCUGGACAAGGUGUUGCAGCAGCCUGGUGUCUCUGCUAACACAGUGGGAACCAAGAGCAGAGUCAACAUGUUCAACAACAGGAGCGGAAUUAAGAAAGUUUAAGAGAUGUAUUACAUACCACACACACGCACACUUUUUCACUUUAUUCCCUUGUUUGGGCACAGACAGAUGUUACUCCAACUAUUCUGAUGAAUUUUAAACAGAGUGGUUUGGCAUAACGGUAUAUACACACACACACACACACACACACACACACUUAUACAGAAUCUCAGAUUGAAAUGAACAGAAGUGCAUUUCCAGCAUGCUGUCUAUCGCCUUGUGCCUCCCUGCAGCAGCAGACAGUUUGUUCGCUCCCUCGGGAGUAGCAUCAGGAGUUACAGGCAGCAGAUGCUCUGUGACGUUAUUAAAUUUUUCUUUUUUUUUUCUUAAGUACCUUCCUGUCCUUUAAAAAAAAAUCAACAAUGUCAAAUUUGAUUUUGUAAUCUAUAUAUUUGUAAUAUUUAUUUUUUGAAGUAUUCAUGUCUAACAUUUGGGACUAAAUCACUAAGUAUGUUUGUUCUUUUCUUAGUGCUCUACUUUAGCACAUAAUAAUUAUAUACAGUAUGUAUGUUAUAUAUUUAUUUGUGCUGCAUGGUGAAUCACUGUAGUGACUCACUACGCCUACCCUUCAAGAUUCCAGAAGCGCAAAAAGACCUUAAAUUUCUGUAGAAGGAAGUGAAGGUGCAAAAGUCAUGUGUGGUGGUUUUUUUUUUUUUUUGUUUGUUUUUUUUUUGCAAUGUCUUUUCUGCUCUUGUGUCUUUUGUUAAAACCCUUUGUAAAGAAUUGAUAUAAAGUAUUUAAAAAAUUAAUUAAUUAAAAAAGCAUUAGGUGCUCCCUUGGAAAAAUA